GAGGCGCGCGUGUCGCCCGUGCGUUCUGCUGCUCAGAGAUGGCCAGAGAGCCGUAGCGGACUGUGGGGCCUGUACGGUGGGACUCUACCGACAACCGGAACGUUAGCUCCGCAGAGACGCAGAGGAACAACGGACAAGAGGAACCAUGGGACACGGAGUGGGCUGAACCAGAGGGUCUAGCAGCACACACCAAUUGUUUCCCACUGUGGUGUAUGACAUGGCCACGGCCUCAUCUAGAGCAGACUCUAGCCAUAACCACAGAGGAACGUCACAGCUCCAUGCCAUUGUUUCCUGUGCCAAAAUCAAGAGGAAGAAGAGUCUGUUUGGGGCUGCCAUUUAUGUGGAGGUGACAGCGGAGGGGGAGUCCCGCCGCACGGUGAAGUCUCACAGCUCCUCCAGUCCUAAAUGGGAUGAGAGGCUCACUCUGAAUGUAACACCACACACACAGGUGGAUUUCAAAGUAUGGAGUCACCACACCCUGAAGGCAGACGCACUGCUGGGCAAAGCCACGCUGGACCUAAUUCAAGCCUUGGAGCAGCAUGACAGAAAAUUGGAGAAUGUGAAGGAGGUGCUGAAACUAAACGUGGAGCAGAAGGGAGCCGUGGUUCCAACAGGGGAGCUAACUGUCUACCUAGAUGGUCUGACUGUCACUGACCCGGAAGAACUAGCACCGCUUACCAACGGCAAUGCAGCAAAUGGCACCAAAGUCCAACAGAAUGGUGAUGCCAUCCAUGAAAAUGGAGAUGACUCUUCUUCUUCCUCAAGGGCUGCCAACAGCACAGUGAAUGGUACGGACUUGGGCCCGAGGUCAAGUUCCUGUUCAGCCUCCAAUGGAGUUGAUGGUCAGGUGCCUUCCAGCUCCUGCAGCCCCGCCCUCAGUCACAUCCUGAAUGGAGAUGCCACAGCCAGCUCCACCCCAGUCCACCAACCCUCAGAUAGCGACACAGAGAGUAGGACGGUCAAUGGGGAGUCUUGUGAUGCUGCUCUGGAGCCAUCGUCUGCUUCAACAGGUGAUGUGCUGCCCCCUGCAGAUGACCACGAGGACUGCAAUCAAGAUGCCGCCCCACCAGACCCUGACACAGCACCAGAUAGCACAUCUCAAUCCCCUCCACCCUCCACACAGGCUCCAGCCUCCUCCUCUUCUGCUGCUAAGCCUGCUGACGGCACUGCAGCUGCACCCUCCACAUCCACCUCCACGGCGCAGGGGGUCCCCACAAUCACAACCUCUUCAUCGUCGUCCUCUCCCCCCCCAGCAGCGGGAGAAGCGAAUGCUUCAGGAGGCGGGGGCAGUAGCAGUAGUAGCAGUGCAGCUGCUACUACAGAUGGGGCCAAGCCCAGGCAGCAGGCCCCCAAUGCUGGGGCCGCAGAUCCUCUGCCACCAGGGUGGGAGCAGAGGAAAGACCCGCACGGGAGAACUUAUUAUGUAGACCACAACACCAGAACUACAACCUGGGAAAGACCACAGCCACUACCACCAGGGUGGGAGCGCCGAGUGGAUGACCGGGGCAGGAUCUAUUAUGUGGACCACAACACUCGCACCACCACAUGGCAGCGUCCCACUAUGGAAUCAGUCCGCAAUUUUGAGCAGUGGCAGAGCCAGCGCAGCCAGCUGCAGGGAGCUAUGCACCAGUUUAACCAGAGAUACCUCUACUCUGCAUCCAUGAUGUCUGCUGAGAAUGAUCCUCUUGGCCCGCUACCUCCUGGAUGGGAGAGGCGUGUGGACUCCAAUGACCGAGUGUACUUUGUCAACCAUAACACCAAGACAACACAGUGGGAAGACCCUCGAACCCAAGGGCUACAGAAUGAGGACCCUCUUCCUGAAGGUUGGGAGAUCCGGUACACAAGGGAAGGGGUUCGCUACUUUGUCGAUCACAACACCCGAACCACCACAUUCAGCGACCCUCGCACGGGAAAGUCCUCUGUCACCAAAGGCCCUCAGAUUGCCUAUGAGCGCAGCUUUCGAUGGAAGCUUGCCCAUUUCCGCUAUUUGUGCCAGUCCAAUGCUCUCCCAAGCCAUGUGAAGAUCACAGUCUCCAGACAGACGCUGUUUGAAGACUCUUUCCAACAAAUUAUGGCCCUGAAGCCUUACGACUUGAGGAGGAGACUCUAUGUUAUCUUCAGAGGCGAGGAGGGUCUGGACUAUGGUGGCCUAGCCCGAGAGUGGUUCUUCUUGUUGUCCCAUGAAGUGCUGAACCCCAUGUACUGCCUAUUUGAGUAUGCUGGCAAGAGCAACUACUGUCUGCAGAUCAACCCGGCCUCCGCUAUCAACCCAGACCACCUCUCCUACUUCUGCUUCAUUGGCCGCUUCAUUGCAAUGGCACUUUUCCACGGCAAGUUUAUUGACACCGGCUUCUCUCUGCCUUUCUACAAACGCAUGCUGAACAAGAAACUAAUACUCAAAGACCUGGAGUCCAUUGACCCUGAGUUCUACAAUUCACUUAUAUGGAUCAGGGACAACAACAUUGAAGAGUGUGGUCUGGAGAUGUACUUCUCAGUGGACAUGGAGAUCCUUGGGAAAAUCACCUCUCAUGACCUCAAACCUGAUGGCGCCAAUGUUCUAGUCACUGAGGAGAACAAGGAGGAGUACAUCAGUCUGAUGGCAGAGUGGAGGUUCUCCCGUGGGGUUGAAGGUCAGACCAAAGCGUUCCUGGACGGCUUCAACGAGGUCGUUCCACUGCAGUGGCUCCAGUACUUUGAUGAAAAGGAGCUUGAGGUGAUGCUGUGUGGCAUGCAGGAGGUCGACCUCCAGGACUGGCAGAGGAACACUGUGUACCGCCACUACACACGGAACAGCAAACAGAUCAUCUGGUUCUGGCAGCUGGUGAAAGAGGUGGACAACGAAGUGCGACUGCGGCUCAUGCAGUUCGUCACUGGAACCUGCAGGCUUCCUCUGGGCGGCUUUGCUGAACUCAUGGGAAGUAACGGGCCCCAGAAGUUCUGCAUUGAGAAAGUUGGGAAGGACACAUGGCUUCCUCGGAGCCACACAUGUUUCAACCGUCUGGACUUGCCUCCUUAUAAGAGCUUCGAACAGCUGAAAGAAAAGCUGCUGUUUGCCAUCGAGGAAACCGAAGGAUUUGGCCAAGAAUAGAGGGAGGUGUUCUCUUCUGUGUCUCUCCCUCACCCAUCGCUGUUUAUCAGCCAAGUUAAACAAACUACAAAAAAAAAAUUGCACAAAAUAACCACCAAUGUAUAUAAGCUAUUUUGUCAUUUUAAAACCAAAUCUUAAUUUGCAGCAUCAUUUGUGCCGCAAUCCCGUUCCCUAGCCCUUAAAUAUUAUAUGAUACCCCAUCAUGAAAUAUGCAAGCAUUUCAGCAUUUUUGCUCUUCUGUUUAAAAACAGAAAUCAUGGAUAUUUUUUUAAUUUCCUCCCCACUGCUGACUGGGUUUUUAAAAGAGACUGAAAGUGUUUUUGAGAGGAUUUUUUUAGAUGAAGCGCAAUCUUCUUUUUAAAGCUCUAGUUCUAUAGAGCUUGUGAAUGGUAAGAGUAGUAUUGGGGUCUGGUGCCUGAAUUUUUCCCCCCCGUUGGACCCAUAGUAAUUGUUGCAAUUUUUGCGUGCUUGCAUGGCUGCCUCUGAAGAUGAGAAGACUGCUGCGGCCACCCUCUACCACCACCUAUACACACAAAGACAUUUUAGCAUGGAUACUCCGUCUCUUAAUGAGCUUUUUUAACCAUUAUCAUGAAGAUGGCAUUCAUGGAUGAACUGAUUUCUCCCUCAAUAAGUUUCUGGACACCAGCCCAGAGUAAGAAGCAUCAUUGGAUCCUCACACUUGGAUAAAGACUAAAGUUAGGAAAAAACCUAAUGGCAGCAUUAGGUUGUGGAGAAACUCUACUAUAUCACAUGGAACAUGGGGACUCGAGGAAACCGACAUAAAAGAGUGUGUGAUGACACGCUCAGAGUUCAUUUAAAGAUUGAGCCGUUUGGGGAAAAAAACAACAAAAGAAAAAAAAGAUGCCUCUGGUUCAGUAGGUCAGGUGUGCUUGGCUGAUUCUUUUUGCCUCUUCAGAUUUUGAUCUGGGACUUUAAAGUGUCUCUAGUCCUAUGAUCACGCUUAUUCGAUAUAAAGAUCACAUUUAAACAUCUCAGUUAUAUAUAUCACAAUAGACAAAUCCCCCACGCAAACAUUAUCACUGUAGCAUGAUGCAUACUUAACGAAAAGGGACAUUUGGGUUGUAAAAAGAUCCAGACUUCUCAUUUGUAUGAAUGUACUUUUGUACAUUGCAGAAAGAAGCUGUUAGCUGUCAGCUGUUACCAACCAUAAAUAAUUACAACUGAAGCCACUGCUGCCUAACAAUCCUUUAUUAUUGCAAAAUAUGUUAAUAUCAUAGCAGUAAAUGAUCUUCAACGUUCCAUGGAGGGUUUUUUCAGUUUUGGUCAGUGGUAAUAAAGCAUUUUACUAAAACAAUAUAUACAGUACUUUGCAAAUGUGGUAGACAGGUGUGGAAAAAUGUCUGGAAGAAUUGAUGCUGGGUGGUCACACCAAAUUGAUUUGAUUUAAAUUCUUCUUCUGUUCACUCAGUUUUAGUUUCACUUUUAACAUUUAACAUUUUCGUUAACUGAAAUAAAAAUAAAAAAACAAGUUUUUAAAAAAACGAUAACUAACUGUGUUUUGUGGUUACAAAACUAACUAAAACUAACUAAGUGACAGUGAAAAUGUCCUUUGUUUUCGUCUUUUUGGUUGGUAUGAAACGUAUCUAUCUGGUUUUAUGACUUAAUAAACUUAUUGGGGCUGAGAUGGAUCAGACAAAGGAAAUAUUUAUUAUGACCUUUUUGAAUCUCUCACCUAACAAAUACCCCAUUACAAAUAAAACUAAAACUGAGUGAACUAAAACUAAAACACAUUGCAUUUGUUAAUUGAUAAAAACUAAACUAUUAAAAUUAAUAUUUUUGAAAGCAUUCCUAUUUUACAGCAAAUUUUCACUGCCUUAAACUUUUGCACAGUACUGUACACAUCUGUUUUCACAUCUUGAGUGACUUGAAAGCAAAAGGGAUGUCAUGAGAACCAAUAAUUAGCACAAAGACAAUGGCUACAUUCUGAAAACACCACAGUACUUCUACAGUCCUGCAGGUAGAACAGGGAACAGGGAACCAUGCUGCAGUGCACAGAGCUCCCCCUCCUUGCACAGGGAGUCAGCAUGCUCUGAGUUCACUGUUCAGCCUCUUUAAAGUCUGCCCGGUAACACAAACUUUGCAUAUGGAAGCAUGGAGUGAAACUGUGCUAAGUUUGUCUUUAUUCCAGACAGAACAUCAUGAUUAAAUUUCAGCCUGUAUGCACGUGUUUCCAGUGUAACGUUAUUGAGUUAACACUGAUAGAGAGAGCAAAAAAUUAGUAACUACUGUUCUAUAAAUUCCUCCUUUAAGUGCCAGAGACUGUUUCAAAUACCCAGAAGAUAACGGACUGUGGUGGUCAGAAACAACGAGAUAGAACGAGAGUUUCUGAUGAAAUGAAGGUUCUACUAAUUCUGCAUGUCAGGAAGAAUUAAAUGAUUUAUAUUUAGUUUUUUGACUGUGGUAUCAAAUUCAGUAUGGGGAAAUGUGAAAUUUCACUGGUAUUGGUAUCGACUACUAAAUUUCUGGUAUUGUGACAUCCCGAGAAAGCAAUGCAUAGAAAUGUUGCAUGCAGGCAGCACAGACUUCAAACAGGCCAAAUAAAAUAAGCAUAAGCAUAAAACGUUUUUUAAGGGGUUGGUAGGUGUACCAGAAAUGUAAGAAUGAAAGUAUUAACAGGGUCAUAAACCUGUAAAUUGUUAGAAAAAAAACAUUUCUGUCCCAUUCAGUGUCUAUCUGCUAUUUAGCUGUGCAGUCAGCAGCUUUAUUAGCAGUUCACCUCCACAGAAUGACCUUAAAGCCAUUAUAGUGCUGAGCCCAUUUCCCUGAGAUCAUCCAGUUUAAUUUAUUCAGCCCAUGUUUAAUCUCAUUCUCAGGUUCUGUGCUGAGGUGAGAUAGCCUUAGUUUAAUACUGAUGUGUACGUGUGUGUGUACGUGUGUGUAAAUCAUACAAGUUGCAGGAAAAAAUAAAAAAAGCCUUCACGUACUGAUCAUAAAAUGAGUUAAUGAGACACUAAAGUGCCACAGACCAAAUAACGUGUGGAAAGCUUCCACAGCGUGGCUCCUCAGCAGCCUAAGGUCUGCCUGGAGACUGACACAGCAUCACAGUGCUAUAUGUUGUGCGUUUUUUUGUUUUUGCACCCCCACGUUCCCCUCGUCCUUUUCUUUCCUUUAAAGGAACACUCCACCGUUUUUUCAUAUUAAAACAUGUUAUUCGGGUAAGUAAGACGAGUUGAUACAGACCUCUUGCGUCUCAAUGCGUGCACUCAAUCGCCCUGGCGCGCGGCGCCACUUGGCUAGCACUUAGCUUAGCCCAGUUCAUUCAUUAGGAUCCAAACAGAUGGACAGUUAGAAGCGACCAAACUCCUCCACGUUUUCCCUAUUUAAAUACAGCUACACGAGUAGUUAAACGACCAAGUAUGGCGACACAAAAUAAAACGUGGCGCUUUUCUAAGCGGAUAAAAAGGAGAACUAUAAUGUAUGGCGGAAUAGCACUUGGGAGCACUUCGACUCGGCGCAGUAAUAUCAUCACUCCUGAAAAAUCUUCUCCCCUCAGGAGUCUGUUUGGAUCCUAAUGAAUGAACUGGGCUAAGCUAAGUGCUAGCCAAGUGGCGCCGCGCGCCAG